CUUUGACUUUUUAAGUGAAAAUAGGUCGAUGUGUAAUGGAUAAAGCCAAUGGAGUGCACAAUGCCAUUUUUAUGCAAUUCUCGGAUUUUUUUUAAGUGAAAAUAGGUCGAUGUGCACAUGGAUACGAAUUUUAGUAGACUGAAACUAGAGAAUUUGUUUUAGAGUGACUUGCCUCUUAACCGUUUAAUCCGGAAAGAAGCUAGUUAUAAUUUAUUUCUAUACCUGAAAGAAACGGGGUGAUUUUAUUUAAUUUGAUUUAGUUUUUAUUAGAGUGUAAUUUUAAUGUGCUUCUUCGUUUGAUGGAUAUCAUUUGUUGAGUUUAUAUAGCUAUUCAUCUUAGUGUUCAUCAUUUUAUUCUUUCAUUUGGAUUUUUUAACUUCACUGUUUUUUUGUUUUAAAUUUAGGUUUCAUAUAAACUUUAGUUGGAAUGAAAGCUGCACUUGUUUAAACUACCGUGUUUGGCGCAUGUAACCUUUCUGGUUAUGCACCAUUAACUCUAUUACUACCACCACCAUCACCAAGGUGUGGAGUAGCUUUUCAUUUAAAUCAAUCAAAAAUCAUUUAAAUAUGUGUAUGCUUAUUCACUUAGGAAAAACCUUAGAUGUGUAAAGUAUGUAAAAAAUCAUUUCAUCAAAAAACUCAUUUAAACAUGCAUAUACAUAGUCACACAGGAGAGAAACCUUAUAUGUGUGAAGUAUGUAAAAAAUCAUUUAAACAAAAAGCAUACUUAAACAUUCAUAGUCGUAUUCACACAGGAGAGAAACCUUAUAUGUGUGAAGUAUGUAAGAAGACGUUUCGUAUAAAAACUCAUUUAAACAUGCAUAUGCAUAUUCACACAGGAGAGAAACCUUAUAGCUGUGAAGUUUGUGAAAAGUCAUUCAAACAAAAAGCUUAUUUAAACAGGCAUAUGUAUAUUCACACAGGAGAGAAACCUUAUAUGUGUGAAGUAUGUAAGAAGACGUUUAGUGAAAAGGGGAAUUUAUUCAAGCAUAUGCUUAGUCACACUGGAGAAAAAUCUUAUAUCUGUGAAGUAUGCAAGAAGUCAUUUAAACAGAAAGCUUAUUUAAACAUGCAUAUGCGUGGUCACACAGGAGAGAAACCUUAUACUUGUGAAGUAUGUAAAAAGUCAUUUAAACAAAAAGCUUAUUUAAACAAACAUAUGGGUAUUCAUACAGGAGAGAAACCUUAUAUGUGUGGAGUAUGUAAGAAAUCAUUUAAUCGAAAAUCUAAUUUAAACAUGCAUAUGCGUAUUCACACAGGAGAGAAACCCCAUAUGUGUGAAGUAUGUAAGAAGACGUUUAGUGAAACGGGUAGUUUAUACAAGCAUAUGCUUAUUCACACAGGAGAGACACCUUAUAUGUGUGAAGUAUGUAAGAAAUCAUUUAAACAAAAAACUCAUUUAAACAUACAUAUGCAUACUCACACAGGAGAGAAAACCUAUACAUGUGAAGUAUGUAAGAAAUCAUUUAAACAAAAAGGUUAUUUAAACAUGCAUAGACGUAUUCACACAGGAGAGAAACCUUAUAUGUGUGAAGUAUGUAAGAAGAUGUUUACUCUAAAAGCUCAUUUAAACAUGCAUAUGCAUAUUCACACAGGAGAAAAACCUCAUAUUUGUGAAGUAUGUAAGAAGGCAUUUAGUGAUAAAGGUAGUUUAAACAAUCAUAUGCUGAUUCACACAGGAGAGAAACCUCAUAUGUGUGAAGUAUGCAAGAAAUCAUUUAAUCGAAAACAUCUUUUAAACAACCAUAUGCGCAUUCACACAAGAGAGAAACCUUACAUGUGUGAGGUAUGUAAGAAGACGUUUCGUGAAAAAGGUACUUUAAACAAGCAUAUACAUAUUCACGCAGGAUAGAAAUUUAUGUACGAAGUAUGUAAGAAGACAUUUAGUGUAAAGAAUAGUUUAAAGAAGCAUAUGCUUAUUCUCUCAGAUGAGAAACCUUAUAUAUGUGAAAUAUGCAAUAAAUAAUUUAAUCAAAAAACCCUCAUUUAAAAAUGCAUAGGCGUAUUCAUUCACACAGGAUAGAUACCUUAUAUGUGUGAAGUAUGUAAGAAGACAUUUAGA